CUCUAUCCCUUGAUCCAUUCCCCGCUAAAAUAAUUCGUGUCCCAGAAAUAAAAGCCCCUCUUCGCUCACCACCCCCAAUCAUUCCGCUCGCUCUCACCCUCAGAUAAAUCUCUCUCUCGCUCUGACUCCGAACAACUCGGCAGUGACACGGCCGAGUGGAACCGGCAUGACUCGGCGGUGCUCGCACUGCAGUAACAAUGGCCACAACUCGCGGACGUGUCCGAACCGCGGCGGGGGCGGAGGAUGCGUGAAGCUAUUCGGCGUGAAGCUAACCGAUGGCUCGAUCAUCAAGAAGAGCGCCAGCAUGGGGAACCUAUCGGCGCACUACCAUUCCUCCUCGUCGGCCGCCGCUUCACCCAAUUACCAAGACUCCCCCUCCUCCGACCCCGUCCACGUGUCAGACGGUUACUUGUCCGAUGAUCCCGCCCACGCCUCCUGCUCCGCCAACAGGCGUGGCGAUCGUAAGAAAGGUGUACCAUGGACUGAAGAAGAACAUCGACUGUUUUUAGUUGGUCUUCAGAAAUUGGGGAAAGGGGACUGGCGUGGGAUAGCACGAAAUUUUGUCACGUCAAGGACUCCUACACAAGUGGCAAGCCAUGCACAGAAGUACUUUAUCCGGCAAAGUAAUGCUAACCGAAAAAAGAGACGUUCCAGUCUUUUUGACAUGGUUCCAGAUACGGCCACAGAUACACCACCUGUUCCUGAAGAACAAGUAUUGCUGUCUUCUGCUCAGGUGAGAGCAACUGAUACUGCAAACUUCUUGCCUUCUUUAAAUCUCUCCCUCAACUCGGAAUUUGAACCUAUGGAAGCCUCACCUCAAGAAGAAGUUGAAGAACUGAAUGAAAGUGUUGCCGGAUCAACUGGACUUGCACCAAUGAUUCCUCAAUUCUUCCCUGCUUAUCUACCUCUCCCUUUCCCAAUAUGGCCACCCAAUACGGAUCUUAUGGAAGAAGAGAAGGGUGCAGAAUCGUCAUAUCAUCAGGUGUUGAAGCCAAUCCCAAUCCUUCCAAAGCAUCCUGUAAAUGUUGAUGAACUUGUUGGCAUGUCUCAGCUCAGUCUUGGAGAGGCUGAGAGAGGCCAUAGAGAGCCUUCACCCCUAUCCUUAAAAUUGAUAGGAGAGCCGUCGAGGCAAUCAGCAUUUCAUGCAAAUGCUUCGGUGAGCGGAUCGGACUUAAACAAGGGUGAGAGUAGUGUAAUCGAAGCAGUUUGAAAUGGGGGCAAAGUGAGCAAUAUUACUACAAUCUUUUAUUUUUCUUUCCCAUUUUCUUGAUUUUGCGUUAGUAUAUUCUUACCAAGUCAUCUUGGUUUGUUUGUUAUGUAGUAUGAAGAAUUGCAGUCGUUAUAACGUUGGAUUAGAUCAAUUUCGUAGGUAAUAUCUAUUCUUUCUAACUGUAAACAACUAGCAGUUGAAAUAAUCGAAUCGAUUUGGCAAAA